AUGAAAAUCCGUCUGGUAUCUACACAGCAUUACUUUGCAUUUGGAGCACUUGUGGGAGAGGAAUUGUCUUACAAGUUGAAAGAAUUGCCCAGAGUUAGAUGGGUGCUUCCUGAUUACUACUUGGAUGUCAAGAAGAAGGAUUAUGGAGGCAGAGGUCACGACGACGCUCAUCUUUUUGACAACAUUGGUCUCUUGCAGCGACAUGACUCCUCUUUUAGAGGCAUGACAGAGCUCACAGUCGGUAGCGACGCCGAUCCUCUCCUUACAGCGUCAACAUUGAUCUCUUGUAGCUGCGUCGAUCUUGCAGUCGGUGUGGCUCUCUUGUAG